ACACGGGCCGUGUUGUCCAGCUCCGUGUUGCCGCUUCACUUGAGUCGGCCGGUUUUCCCGCCCACCCGGGCCGGGCUGUCCGCUCGGACCUCCCUGGCGCGGAUCGCCCCGAUUGGCUGCUCCGGGCCUCUGUUGAUGUUUGAACGGCGCUGACGGUUGCGGCGGCGGGGGCGGGACGGGACGGGACGGCCAGAGAGAGAGAGGUCGGGCCGGGCCGGGGGACAGAGAGGGCCCGGGCCGCCACCGCCACCGCCAUCGCCACUCACUGCGCCUCUCCGCCAUGGCCGGCUUCCUCAGCGGCCUCCUCAGCGGCCUGGGCCGGGCCCUCGACCUGCUCGGCUUUUUGCUGGAACUCAACUUCUGGCUGGUGUCGACGGCGGUGGCCGCGGUGUCGGGGCUGCUCCACCUGCUCGUCGCCAUCCCCGGCGCCACCGCCUCCCUGCUCGGCCUCUGCUACAACCUGCUGAGUGUGCCGGUGCUGGAGGCGGCCGAGCUGGCCCACUGCGGCCUGCAGCUCGCCAUCGGCCUGCUCUGCAACCUGCUGAGGGCGGUGUGCGGCCUGGCCGAGAGCAUGAAGAUGGUGGGACACCUGUUCUCCUACCUGAGCCUGCGGGGACGCGAGGAGCUGCAGCACGGCCUCGCCACCACCUUCUGCUCUGGACACCUCCUCCUCAAGCAGCUGUGGGACGCGGCGGGCAUCCUGAUCAGCCUGGCCGCCUACCUGGUCAACACUAUCAUCAACAUGUUCCUCAUUGGGACACAGAACCUGCUGUCGGCGGCCGCGGCGCUGGGCGACCCUUUGGUCAAGGUCGUGGAGGCUCUGGCAUCAAUUCUGACCUAUUUGUCCAGCAGUGUGGUUGGAAACGUUAUCCUUCUCUGGACCCCAUGCCAGUUUGUGAUCGAAGUCCUCAUCUCCCUCUCCAGAGUCCUGGCCGACUUGUUUCUCCUUAAUCUCUACGGCCUGGCCAUCACCUUUCUCGUCAUCUCCAGCACAACAAUCUAUGCAAACCCAGAGAUAAUAUUGAGGAUUAUUACCCACCUGACUCUCCAUUUGAAUACUGUUCCAAACCUUAAUCGGAUAAGAAGGGAUGUCCUACAUAUCUGUAGGCUGGUAGUGACCAAUGUCCAGUUAAUGUUCAACUCGGAGACUUGGAGGCAAUUGUACAGUCAGCUGCAGAGACUUAACCCAGGGUAUGUGAACUUCUGGCCACUUGACCAAAUAAGGCGGAUUCAGGCUUAUCCUGAAAGGAACUUGGAAGACCAAACAGCUGUACAUCAGCAACCAGGUAAUCAGCUGGAACAAACAAAUUCCAACCCAGUCCAAGGGGAUAACAACACUACCAGGGGGCAGCAGCAACAGCAACAGCGGCUGACUGUGGACCAGAACUCUCUACCUGGAGAAACCGGAGAUGCUCCUUUGAGACCAGCACGCACCAAGGACAAAAAUGGCAAUAUCCCUGUGGAAAAUGAACUCUGGAAGCUCUUGAAGGAGCAGGAAGAACGAAAGAAAUGUGUCAUCUGUCAGGACCAAGCAAAGUCUGUGUUACUGCUUCCAUGUAGACACCUGUGUCUCUGUCAAGGCUGCACGGGUAUCCUCAUGCAACAGCAUAUCUACCAACGCAAUUGCCCACUUUGCAGACAAAUGAUUUUACAAACCCUGGAUGUGUAUUUCUAAUCAACUGUUUGAAAAAGCUUGGACACUGGUAAGGCUGUUGUGUGUGGCAGAUAUUUUUUUUAAACACAGCAUAAUAUUUCAUUGGUCCAAUCAUUGGAGUGCGAGGCAAUCGCAGAUUCAAAUUUCUAUGCAAAUCCUGAGCCGUAGAUGACACAAUACGGAUGUACUUUUUUCAUCCAUGAUUAAACCAAGCACGGCUGUAAAAGAAUGUUACAUUAAGAAUUACCUAUUACGAGGCAAUAGGACCAAGACUGGCUGCUUUCCUUAAUUUGUUUACUAGCCUAACCACCUACAAAGAUAUGAGCCGUUUAUUUUAUUUGUCUAGGAGUUGGGAUUUAAAAAAAAGAGUUAACCAAUUUUAACAGGUUGGAACUUAUGUGAGGUUUUACUUUUGUCAAAAGUUAGCUGCACAAGGUAAGGCCUCAGUAAUUCUGUAUAGUACACUCUCUUUGUAAUUUUGUUUUCAAUGUGAACCUUUUUGAGAUUGCAGACAUUUGGAUUGUAUUUGACGCAGUUUUGAAACAUUAGGCAUUUCAUGUCCGUUUUGUUGUUUUAAUGCUGUCCCACUGAAGGCAGCAUGUUUUUUUUAACCUGGUGUUUAAAGUUUAACUUAACAAAACCAACUGAGAGAAUGAAUGGGUCCAAUUUGGAGACAAUGGGUCCAUUGAGUAGAUGAGGUACCAUGCGAAAUAUGUUUGUUUCUGUUAAGUUACCAAGCUCCAUCUUGCAACUUCUCUUAACAAUUCUUAAGCAAGUCUGCAUUACUGAGCAGUUGGGUUUAAAGGAGAAUUUUAUUUGUCUGCUCUUUUUUUUUUUUUUUAAUCGCUACUCACCAAGGAACAAGUGAUGUCUUUACUAUACAUAUUUGAAGCACUGCUUAUGGAUUUAGUAACCACAAAUUACUUCAUUUGGGACCCAUUUGUAUUUUAUUUGAAAACAAUUUCUUUGUCUUGGAAUGGAAACUUGUGACAGAAUUGUUCCUGGGGCAUUGAUGCUGACAUGUAUUACAUUAACUGAUAAAUACAUUUGUUAAAUUAAUAACAAUUUAUGUUUUCUUCAAGAAUCAAAUGUUUAUCAUUGCAGAAAUUGGCUGAGUAAUGCGUGCUUUCUGAUGCAUAAGUAUGAUCAUCCUGAGAUUUCAAAGCAACAUCUUUCAUCUGCUGUAACUUAAAUAGCAGCAAAUGUUGUUUAUGACAGCAUAACAGUGUCUGUUCCAGAAUGACACCCAAAUAGAUUAAAUAAUUGCUUUCUUGUCUGGUGGAUGGCAGGCCAAGUAAGCCACAGUCAGCAUUUUGGCAACUACUUUUGGAGAUCUUUGACUGCAAAUGAUGAUCAAGGUUUUUUUUUUACGUGGUUUUGCUUGGGACCCAUCUUUGCAGUAUAGUUGGGAUUGGCAAUUCAUUGAAUGGAUUAGGUUUGGUUAUCUCUGAUUAUGGAAUUUGAAAAUGUUGUUGAAAGUUGUGGGCACAGCCGUGAUUAGGGAGAAGAGACAGCAGCACACAAUUCACUUAGAAUCAGUGAUUCUAUUCUGGCUCUUGGUCCUUGAUUUUAAAUCCCAUUCCUAUGUGAGUACAACAAACCAUUAAGGAGUUAAUUGUUCAAAUGAAAAUAUCCAGCAGCUUUUAUGAAGAGAAAAAAACACAGUUAAUGCUUCAAGUCAAUGAUCUUUAAUUGGAGCCAUGGGGGAAAGAAACAAAUGUUAAGAUUAAUAAGAAGAAAGUACAAAGGAAAUUAGAGGGAACGACAGGAUAAAUUAAAUGAUUAAGAGAAUGAUGGUCCACUGCUUGUUUCAAGCUCUUUCUAGCAUCUGAAACAAAGACCUGAAAGGCACCAAGGAGCCCAUUAUGUUUUAUCUUGCAUAUUUCAUUUUUCCUUGCAACAUCGAGGGCACUUUGGCCAAUUGAGUCUAUGCCAGUUCUUGCAGCAAUCACAAUCUCAACCCUCUACCCUUAUAAUCUUUGCUGUAACCUAUUCUCUCCACAUUUCCAUCAACUAUUUUUCUACUACUCGCCUACACAUUAGGAGUAAUUUGGAUUGGGCAAUUGACCUGCCAACCACACAUCUUUCGAAAGAAACCAGAACAGCUGAGGAAUCCCAUGAUCUAACUGGGAGUCUGUGCAAACGUGACACAAAUCAGAGGUCAGAGCCGUAGGCAUUGGGUCGGAGGGUCUGUUAGUAGUAAUACUAGCUGCAUCAUUGUGCUGCCCUUUACUUCUCCGCGCCACAAGGGCAGAAGCAGUUCUUCUGCCUCUCCAGCCCACAAAUCUCACCGAUUGUGGUCAGAUUUAGACACCCCCCCCACUUCACUGAAAUGCAAUGAAAUCACUGCCAACCAAGGGGUGCUGAGAUCGUCUUUGUCUUUAUGGCCAAAAUUCUGCUCCUACUCACAAGAAAGCAAUGUAUCUGGUCAGGAGUUAGGAGCAAUAUUAGUUCAUUAUUUAUCACCCAGAUAUACUCAGUUUGGCUGGGUGUGUGGUCCUCAUAUUGAGCUCUUGCUAGCCCCCCCCCCCCCCCAUUAACAAUUGAUCUGUGGAAUUGAGCCCAUAUUAUGUCCAUGCUUACCAUGAAUUUAAAUCGGUUUUAGAAGCAGAGAAUUGGAAUUAUUGCAGUUUUUAGGCUUUAUGCUAUUUUCCUUGGUGCUUAGAGAGUGUAGCUACUUACAGCAUAACUGGUAAGCAAAACAUCCUUAAAGUACUUGUGGCCCACUGGUAUAAAAUAACUUGCAUGUCCUGACCUUUGUUUAGGAAUUAAAGGCAGUCAGUAUAACUUUUCCCCACCUCUGCUCCAAAGAUGACUUCUCAGGUGAAGAAGCUAAGCCAGGAAACAAGCCAUGCUGACUGAAGGUUUUCAGUAAUGGGGUGAAAUGAUUCCAAUUACGGGCCAUGUGCUAAAAUUCUACUUUUGAUACUAUCCAGUAGUUCCUACUGAAAGUGGAUAUAUAUGAACAUGGGGCGAAAAGAGUGAUCAUGCUUCUAAAACACACUUUUCCUAGCAAUUAAAUGAAUCUUUAGUUUAGGGGAUUUUUUUCUUUGUAAGUUGAGUGACUUUUAUAUUGGACGAUACAUUCACCAUAAGAGCUAGGAGCAGAAUUAGGCCAUUUUGCAAUCAAGUCUACUCUGCCAUUCAAUCAUGGCGGAUCUAUUUUUCCCUCUCAAUCACAUUCUCCUGCCUUCGCCCCAUAACCUCUGACACCCAUACUAAUCAAUUCAAUGCAGUUGUAGUUAGCGUAAUAUUUUUUUUUAAUAAAGCGAGUUAACAGAGAUGUUCAUUUGGUCAAAGAUUUUCAACACAGCAAGAGGAGGGCAGUACCCAUUGUGAUAUUCUUUUCCUGUGUUUAGUUGCUGUACUUGUUUCAUUAGGUUGACUGGAACAUGGCAGUGGAGGUUACUGAGCAGCAGAGAUCAAUUGGUGCAUGGAAAAUGAACCUUUUGUUGAUAGUCUUUUUUUAAGCUAAUUUAUGUUGUAUUUUUGUAUAAGCCAUGAACAUUGUUGUAUUAUUUGAUCUGUAACUGAUAGCUGCUGUGUUAAAAUCAGCGUCACUGUGCUGCACUAUGUUUAAUUCAGUGAGCUGUGUAUGUAAUUGUUUGAAAAAAUAAAUUGUAUUUUUCAUUAUUGA